GGUUUCUGCAUGAAUGACAUAAAGAUUCUUGGUGGGUAAGACGGUAUAUUAUUCAUUCAUAUCUCAAACAGCAAUAAUAGAACAUGGGACACGGCACGUCAGGAAUAGAGAACAAGUGUCAAGCUUGGCUCAACUUAUAAAGAGGAGACUCUGCCAACUCUUAUUCUUCUCUAAAUCAGAGAUCGUAGAGAGAGAAGAAGAAUACUCAUAAUGCCUUGGUUUUUCAUAAUAUUCCUUCUCGGUUUCACAUUUAAUAACCCCUCAGAAGCCAGCCAUGGAAAGAAACUUCCAUCUGCAGUUGUCGUUGGCACUGUCUACUGUGACACAUGCUUCCAAGAGGAUUUCUCAAGGAACAGUCACUUCAUUUCAGGUGCACAUGUUGCUGUAGAAUGCAAAGAUGAGAAAUCAAGACCAAGUUUCAGAGAAGAAGCAAAAACAGACGAGCAUGGAGAAUUCAAGGUUCAUUUGCCUUUCUCAGUGAGCAAACACGUAAAGAAAAUUAAGAGAUGUUCAGUGGAGUUACUAAGUAGCAGCGAGCCUUAUUGUGCUGUGGCAUCCACAGCAACUUCAUCAUCACUUCGUCUCAAGUCAAGAAAGGAAGGAACACAUAUAUUUUCAGCUGGUUUUUUCACCUUCAAGCCUGAAAAAGAACCGUUCUUAUGUAAUCAAAAACCAAGUAUAGAAAAUCGCAGGGAAUUCAGUUCCAAAGAAGCCUCUCUACCUUCUUUUGAUAACCCAACAUUUCCACCUCCACUUCAAGACCCGAAAACAACUGUUCUCCCUCCUCUUCCUCCGCUUCCAAUAUUGCCACCAUUACCGCAACUCCCUCCUCUCCCACCUCUUCCAGGGCUACCUUUUCUUCCACCAAUUCCAGCAAAUACAGAAAAUACCAAACCUACAGAAUCUCGUAAGAGCACAACAUUACCAGAUGAGAAAGCGGUGCAACAUCCUAAUCAGUUUGGCUUUCCAACACCACCACUUUUUCCACCAAACCCUUUUCAGCCACCUCCAAUAUUUCCUCCAAUAAUUCAGCCACCUCCACUAUUUCCACCCAUACUUCCUCCUAACCCACUUCAGCCUCCUCCAAUACCAUCCCUUCCGUUGCCACCAAUACCAUCCCUUCCGUUGCCACCAAUACCAUCCCUUCCGUUGCCACCAAUACCAUCCCUUCCGUUGCCACCAAUCCCUGGCCUAACUCCAUCACCACCACCUCCCUUCUCACUUGUUCCUCCUCUCCCUCUUCUCCCUCCUCUACCUCCUCUCAUCCCUGGAAUCCCCCCAGCUUCUUCAUCUUCACAGAAAACAUCUCCUUGACUGAACAGUGAAAACUAUCUAGCUAUCACUGCAUAGCUUCCAAAAACAACUAUCUAUGGCUUUUAAACCCAGAAUUUACCUUUUCUUUAUUAUUUUCUUUCUAGUGGAGUUCUGCUUGUUUAGUAUCUAGUAGUGUAUUUAUGUAUUUCUGUCAAUAAAAGAUCACAGAUAUUAUUGCA